ACUAUUCAAAACAAUGUAGCGCCCGAUACGUGCGCGUUUUAACGAUUUGCGCUUGUUUACUGCUAGGUGCAACUGUUAGCCGCCAUUUCAGUCAGAAAAUCGAUUCCUAACAACACUCGUGUGACCGUUUGUGUGAAAGUGUUUACUCCUGAUGGUCCAGAAGUUACGCGACGGAUGGAUUUUCACGCUCCACCCCGACGUCUACUUCCGUGAAGAGCGAGCAGAGCGAAUACGGAAAACAACUGCGUGAGCUCCUCUCGCCUCGGAGUCGUCUCUGAUUCUGAUGAACCCCCAGCAUCAGUGUCGUGAACAUCAGAGGUCCCCGGUUUCGCGUGCAAUUAGACGGGAUAAUGCCGUUCACGCAAAGCUCGGGAGUGACACACGCGAAGAGUGACGAGUGAAGGACAUUUGAUCCAUCAUGGGAAACACGCCGUCAAAGAGUGGCAGUGGAGAUGAACCUGUCAAAACAACUUUAUUUCAAAGGGAACAGAGUGGGAUCACAUACAGGAUCCCUGCUCUCAUCUACCUGAGGCACUGUCACACCUUCCUCGCCUUUGCAGAGAAACGAACCUCGCCUGCUGACCAUGAUGCUAAAAUCCUUGUUAUGAGAAGAGGAACACUUAAAGAGGAUGGGUCUAUUCAGUGGUCGUCCAGUCAGGAGCUGUCAUCCGCCUCCCUACCAAGCCACCGUACCAUGAAUCCCUGCCCAGUGUAUGAAAAAAACACCAAAACGCUGUUUUUAUUUUUCAUCUGCAUCUGGGGGAACACCACAGAGAUGAAGCAGAUCUACACAGGUAAGUGCAAGGCGCGCCUCUGCUUCGUCAGCAGCGGCGACGACGGCCAGACCUGGAGUCAGACCACAGACUUGACAGAGAGCGUGAUCGGCGAGACCAUCCAGAAGUGGGCCACGUUUGCCGUGGGCCCCGGUCACGGCGUCCAGCUGGAGAACGGCAGAUUGAUCAUCCCCGCCUACGCCUACUACGUGCCCUACAGAUGCUGUUCCUUCCCCAUUCCGUUCACAGUCUACCCACGUGCGCUCUCCAUAUAUAGCGAGGACUUUGGCCAGACUUGGCGCAUCGGGAAGAUGCUUCGAAAGAAGUCGUGCGAGUGCGAAAUGGCAGAGAUCAUAGAUCACGAGGGCAGGAGUCACCUUUAUUGCAACGCUCGCAACACUGGACGCCACAGGUGCGUGGCCCUGAGUGAAAACAGCGGCGUCUACUUUGAUAAGCCCCACAUGGCCCCGGAGCUCGUCGAGCAGCCCAACGGCUGCCAGGGAAGCGUCAUCGGCUUUCCCGCUCCCGAGUUUGUCCCGAACGACGACGCCGAAAGCAAGGCGUGCGGCACGUCGCUCCUGUCGCCAGACUCCCAGACCUGGCUCCUCUUCAUGCACCCGACAAGCAAGUCCAGCCGAAGGGACAUGGGCGUGUACUUGAACCGGUCCCCCCUGCACUCGUCCGGGUGGGACCGGCCCCGGAUCAUCCACGCCGGCCCCAGCGGCUACUCUGACCUGGCCUACAACGGGGACAAGGAUCAGUUUUCGUGCCUGAUGGAGUGCGGGGUGGAAAGUGAACUGGAGCAGAUCGCGUUCGUGUCCUUCUCCCUCAAUGAUGUCAUGCAGACGGGUAGUAAGAGAGACAAGAAGAUGCGUUGAGUUUUGGUUGUUUGAUUUCUGUAUUAGUAAAGCUCUCUACCAUUGUCCUGCAAGCUAUGAAAACAAAACAAAACAAAAAAAAAAAGUCCAAGCUGAAGCCACUAAAUAUGCUGUGCAGUAACAUCUGUCUGUGUUUACUAUUGUUCUACAUUCUGGAGAUGAUAAUGCAUGCAUGGUUUGUGUGUUUUGUUGUCUCCUUGUUUACAUGAGAAGGUAAAUCAAGUCUUAAUAUUAUUGAUAUGCAACCAGGUGUGUAAGAGAGGAAACUAUUUUUAAUAGAAUAGACUGAGUGGUUGAGUUUAAGCAUGCUGUGCUGGACCGUCAUUUUUGAAACCGGCUUUGUGUGUAGCAUGUUUGAUAAGCACUUCAUACCCAUUCCUGCAUCCUAUUAAGCUGUCAGUACUGUCCGAGCGGUGGAGAAAGUUUGCCUACCUCUUUUUAUUUUCAUACGACGAUCAUAGCAGGCCUUGUAAAGUAGAGCGUAGAGUUGCCUCCAUGCUCCGUCUCUCCUUUACAUUUAGUAUACUCUAAUUCACAUAUGCCUUCUAAACGCCACUGUUUCAAGUUGGGCUACGCCUCAGCCUCGUGAGCGCACGACCUUUCUCUGUGGGCGACAGUGGGUGCCAUAAAAUGAAAUUAAAUCGAGAAGAAAAAGGUGAACGUGCGCUUUUUACAUCAGGCUUAUCAGUGAGGAGACCGACCAAACUGAACCACAUCUGUGAGUCUUUAUAGCAGCUGAUAGAGAGAGAGUGAGGGAGGGGGGGGGGGGGGGGGGAGGGGGGGGGGUACUCGAUGUACUGUAUGCAGAUUUUUAUUACAUUCAUUUUCAAAAGCAAUAUUUUUCUCAGCUACUUUAUUCUCGGUUUUUCCCCCCCCCUGCCCACACAUUCAGCAUGAUUUUAUGACCAGGCUUUUUUUCUCCCCCCCCCCCUGUUAUUAAUCAUGUGCAGCGUUACGAUAUGAUUGGCUUGCUGUUGGUGAUCAAACGAAAGCAUGUCAAAAGCAGAUGAAGACUAUUUAUGAAGCCACUAGGAAUUUGCACAUACAGAAUAUUGUACUGAGUGACUUUAACAUCCUGUUUUUGCCUAUUGUCGUGAGGUCAAGCGCCUCCAGGUGGUUCUAGUUUAAUUGUGUUCCUGUUGAUUGUCGUGGAAAGUGACAAAAACCUGCAUGAAUCAUGUAUUUUAGUAGAAAAUAAAAGUAACUUGUGAUCACUGGA